AUGACUAAGAAUAAUAAUAAUAAUAAUAAUAAAGCUAGAACGUUUACAGGAUGCUGGGCCUGUAGAUUAAAGAAACGUCGUUGUGAUGAGUUACAUCCAAAAUGUAGUCUCUGUAUGAAACAUGGUGAUAAAUGUUCUUAUGAUAUAAGACUAGUUUGGUUGAAUGAAAAUCUAUAUAAAGUUGAUUGUAAUUUAAACUACUUGGCAUCAUUCAAUCGUAAUAUAUCAUCGAGAUUGAAGACUAAAAAGAUCUCGAAAAAUGAAUUCAAGAGGAUAAUUGAUUAUAAAAAGUACAAUGGAAUAUCAGGAGGAGCUUCUUAUUCCCAUAAGGAUAAUGAUGAGGAUGAUGAUGAUAGUGGUUGCAAUUUUACAAUUAGUGUAAGAAGAUUAAAAAUAUAUGACAAUGAAGUUCCAUCUGUUUUUGGCAGCAAUAAAAAUAAAAAUCAACGGAAUCAUGAUCAAAAAAUUGUUGAUAAGAAAUUAAAUCAAUUGUUAAAUUCAAUUGAAGAUUUGGUAAAGAAAAAUAAAACUACCGGAACAAAGAUUACAGCGUAUAAACAAGGUCCAUUUUCUAUGUUUCCACUUUCUGGAACCAUAUCUCGAAAGAAAAUUGUAGAUUCUUCUUUCAGAGAAAGUCUAGGAUCAGAACCACUUACAAAUAUUGAAAAUGAUGCAAAUGAUGCAAAUGAUGCAAAUGAUGCAAAUAAUAUCAAAGAUGAAUUAUUUGAUGAAGAAAUCAUAAAAUCAAUUUGGUUAAAUUGUCAAGACAAUAACAUUUUGAAUAGGAAAGAAUAUUUUGGUUGGUUCAUUAAAUUCUUGAAGUCAAAUAAGAUAUUAGAUAAGUUUUUCUUCCACAAUUUUACUGAUAGUCAGUCUCAGUUCCAAUUGUUGGACAAGAUAAAGAAGGGGACAUUCAAUGCUCUCGUGGAUUACCCGAAAAUUAUAAUAACGUUCUCUUUACUUGUGCUUGUGUAUGGAUAUCAACGUGUUCCUGAACUAUCCAUUGAAUUAGAAAAAUGGGUUCUACAACAAAAAACGCUAAGUUAUGCAAUGUAUCCCUUAAUUGAUUUCGUUCUUAGAAACUCUAGCUCUCUAAAGUUAUUAUAUCAUUGUAAUGAAUUAUUGGCAAACAAUGAGAAUUUGGAAGAUACAUAUCAAGAUGAAUUAACAUUUGAAUUACAAGUUCUAGUGAAUGACAGAUUGGUGAGUAAAUGGAAGGAUAAAGUGAUGGAACAAUUAUGUCAAUGCCAAGAUACUUAUCAUUCCUGUUCACAAUUGAGAUAUUGGGAACUACAAUUAAAUUGUAACAAACAAUUUUAUAAAGACGUGUAUUUAAAUUAA